AUGUCUGACUCCGAGAAACUUCUAGAUUCCGACCAUGAAUCUUUGCCAGCUGGUACUAGUGUACAUUCGUUGCGUGAUGGUAUUUCUGCACAUAAUACUGGGAAUAACGACUUAGUGGAUACUUUCUCUCUGUUUAAAACCUAUCUUGAUGGGAAGAUCGCUACUCUACACAAAGAUUUGGCAGUUGGCAACGAGAAUUUUGCUACCAAACUCAAGCAGGAAGUUUCAGUUAAACUCAAAGGUGAGGGCAACCAGAUACAAUUCAACUUUAAUUGUGAAAUCAUGGCCGACCUCGUUAAGCUCCAGAAGCGUAUUCCUGAUGAAGAUGCAGCUUGUCUUAAAUUGGUAUCUGGAGCUAUCCUUAAGGUUAAGAAGCGAAAUAAACUCAUCCGCAUUGCAGACAAAUCUCCUGCAGGAUGGAAAACCGUCCGUGAAUAUGAAAGCGACGACCUUGCCUCCGACUCAGAAGACGAGAAGCGCAUUCGUUCUGCAGAAACCCGUGCCAUCAGGAGUAUCAAGGAAAAGAAAAGACCUCAUCCUUAUAGAGCCGCUACAGCUACUGCUUCUGCUCCUUCUGCACCUAUGUCUAAUCAACAUAACGCUAGACAAAACAACUACCAACAGCCGCCCUUUCGGACCGGCAGACGGAGGGAACCGUCAUCUCAGGACAUCUGUUACAACUGCAACCAGCUUGGUCACUGGCGAACUCAGUGCCCCCUCUUAUUCAGUACAAAACCAGGUGUCCCAGGGACAACAAGGCAACAGAAUUAAUG